ACGGUUACACAGACACUGGCUGGUAGCGCUCCCUUGCCUGCCCACAAGAAUGUCAAAGUGAUCCUGUCGCUCACAGCUCACCGACUAUUGGUGGGGUGUUUGGCUUGUGUUUAAAGUCCACUGCCUUCAGCAUCACAAGCUUAUUCUCUUCUUGUAAAGGGGGCUGUCGAGGAUUCCCGUCACUGCGCCCCGCUUUUUACCAGAGCCUGAGAAUUGCUCCCUACCGUAACUCAUCAUUCACGCCACGGAACAUCGCUCUUCUCUCACAGUACGGAAACGGUGGAAGCUCCCUUUCAGUGGUACUAUCGAACUUCAAAACCCGUUCAGAACCAGAGAUGAAGGUUUCCUUGUCCGUUUGCACUGACAGUCUCUAAAUAGUUUCGUGGGAUUCCCGGAGUUUGAGAGGGAACAUUUAUUCUUAGUUUGCCUCUGCUCUCUUUCAUUUCAAGAGGUGGGCGCAAUGGGAAUAUAUGUCCAUUUACUGCUUUUGCAGUACUUUGCCUCCAGUUUUGUUUGCAAUGCCGUCGCGUUUAUCGAGGAGCCCUCGGACAAGGCAGCGAAGUCGGACGGAUAUUGCGGCAGGAUUUUACGGGCACAGACUCAGGGCACACGGCGGGAAGGCUAUAAUGAGUUUCGUCUCAGAAUCGAAGGGGAUCCUGAAAAUUACCAGCCGGGGAGCACUUACAGAGUGACCCUGCUGGCCUCCAGCCCAGCCUACUUCAGGGGCUUCACUCUCAUCGCUCUGAGGGAGGGCCGAGAGGGAACCACAGACGAGGACUUCGCCGGUCAGUUCCAGAUCAUUGAUGAGGACGACACCCAGUUCCUGACCAACUGCCCCCCCGCCGUGACAGAGAGCACCCCCCGCAGGCGCACCAGGAUCCAGGUGUUCUGGACAGCGCCCCCUGCUGCCAGCGGCUGCGUCAUCCUCAAGGCCAGCAUUGUGCAGAAGAAGGUCAUCUAUUUCCAGGAUGAAGGCUCGCUCACCAUCAGGCUGUGUGAGAAAGAGGCUGUGUUUGGAGCCGCUACAGAGAAGCCUGGUUUGGAAUGCUGUGCUUGUGGAACUGCCAAGUACAGACUUACCUUCCAUGGGAACUGGUCAGAGAAAGUUCACCCCAAAGAUUACCCCAGACGAGCCAACCACUGGUCCGCUCUGAUUGGGGCGUCCCACACGCAGGACUACGUGCUGUGGGAGUACGGCGGCUACGCCAGCGAGGGCGUCAGGCAGGUGGCCGAGCUGGGCUCGCCCGUCAAGAUGGAGGAGGAGAUACGGCAGAAGGGUGACGAAGUCCUGACCGUUAUAAAGACCAAACCCCAGUGGCCGGCCUGGCAGCCCCUCAACAUGUAA